CUAAGUAAAUGCACUUCUUGAAACGCGUUCACACCUGUGCUUUUGCCACCAACUGCAUGAUUGUAAAUCCAAACAGGAGAGUAGAACGUUGUUUUUGCUUUGAUGUGAAAAGAGACUCAUUUAAUCGCGCGAAAAGUUCCAUUUAUUUCAGUCGUAUUUUGUCGAAAGCAGCGGUACGGCUCUACAUGUUGACGUUUGCCUGACAGGGCUCGCUGAAGUUUCGAGAACAUGGCUUCCGGGUGCAGCUUGUCAACUCUGUUUCCUCUUCAAAGUGUGCUCGACUGCGCCUUAAAUGACGCCGCGACGCAAGAGUCGAUGGAAGCUCUCGUCUAUGACUAUCUCAAAGACAUGGACGAGAGGCAAGACCUCAAGAUGCCCGACUUUGAGACCGGUUUGGAAUGGCUGAACACGGAGGGCCCGCUGUCUUUCGAACGGGAGCUGGCAGGAAAAGUGGUGCUGCUUGACUUCUUUACCUAUUGCUGCAUCAACUGCAUGCACAUCCUGCCGGACCUUCACCAUCUUGAGCAGAAGCACUCAGUCCAAGAUGGAUUGGUGAUUGUUGGCGUGCAUUCAGCCAAAUUCCCCAAUGAAAAGGUCCUGGACAACGUCCGCAGCGCCGUGCUGCGCUACGACCUGCGCCACCCGGUGGUGAACGACGGCGAGGCGCUCCUGUGGAACCGUCUGGAGGUCUCGUGCUGGCCCACGCUGGCGCUGGUGGGCCCGCGCGGCAACCUGCUCUUGGCGCUGGUGGGCGAGGGCCACCGCCACAGGUUGACGCUCUUCGCCGACGUCUGCCUGCGUUACUACGGCGACAAGCGGCUGCUGCGGGCCCACCCGGUGGGCGUCAAGCUCUACCGGGACUCCCUGCCCCCCAGUGUCCUGUCGUUCCCCGGGAAGGUCUGCGCCGACCGCGCCGGCGACAGGCUGGCCAUCGCCGACACGGGACAUCACCGCGUCCUGGUGGUGUCCUCCACCGGUCGGCUCUUGCGCGUCGUCGGAGGGCCUGAAAGCGGAAGACGAGAUGGCGCCUUGUCCGAAGCCUCCUUCAACUCCCCUCAGGGCGUGGCCAUGAAGGGCGACGCGGUCUACGUGGCCGACACGGACAACCACCUCAUCCGGAAGAUCGACCUGUCGGAGGGGCGUGUGAGCACGCUGGCCGGCUCGGGCGUCCAAGGCGCCGACAAAGUCGGCGGCGGCGCGGGAGAUCAGCAGCCGAUCAGCUCGCCCUGGGACGUCGCGCUCGGCUCGGCCGGUGAGUCUCGUGAUUGCCUCGAGCCGCUACGGUCAUCCGAAGGGACUCUCGUAAGCCUUGUGUGUGUGUGUGUGUGUGUGUGUGUGUGUAUAUCCAUUUCAUUGGAAAGUGGCGCGGAGGACAACGUGCUGUGGGUGGCCAUGGCGGGGACCCACCAGAUUUGGGCUUUGUUUCUUGCUGACGGGAAACUGCCCAGAGGAAGCGAGUCCAAGGCGGGGACGUGCGUGCGGUGGGCCGGCAGCGGCAGCGAGGAGAACCGCAACAACGCCUACCCGCACAAGGCCGGCUUCGCCCAGCCCUCGGGCUUGGCCGCCGCCCCCGAGGAGCCGUGGGGCUGCCUUUUCGUGGCCGACAGCGAAAGCAGCACCGUGCGCACGCUGGCGCUCCGGGACGGCGCCGUCAAGCCGCUGGUCGGCGGCGGGAGGGACCCCACGAACCUCUUUGCUUUCGGGGACGUGGACGGGACGGGCUUGGAGGCCAAACUGCAGCACCCGCUGGGCGUGGCCUGGUCGCCGCAGCGCAACUUGCUCUACGUGGCCGACUCCUACAAUCACAAGAUUAAAGUGGUGGACCCCCGGAGCAAGCGCUGCAGUACUUUGGCCGGCACGGGAGAAGCGGGCGACGCCGCGGGCCCCGAUUUUGUCAGCUGUCGCUUCAACGAGCCCGGCGGAAUCUGCGUGGGCGCCGGCGGGCAGCUCCUCUACGUCGCCGACACCAACAACCACCGAGUCAAAGUGCUGGACCUGCGCUCCGAGACCGUCUCGCCGCUGGUGAUUUCCUCCGACUGCCCGGACACGGCCCCCGCCAAAGCCCGGCCUCCCGCCGCCGCCCCCAAGAUGCCCCGAGGAGCCGUCAGGAUAGACAUGCCGCCGCUGUCGGUGUGCGUCGGACAGACGGUGGUCAUGUCGCUGGCACUGUCGCUUCCCGAAGGCGCCAAACUCACCGAGCAGGCGCCGAGCUGCUGGGUCCUCUCCGCCGAAGAUGACGAGUGGCUCCUCGGCGCUCAGGCGCUCACCGGCGCCAUCGCCGAUCUGUCCAAGCCGCUACGCGUGGCCACCGAGCUUCCGGAGGCUCCCAAGCGAGCGCGCGCGGGCCUCACGCUGAGCGUCUGGCUGUACUUCUGUACGGCGGAGGGGGGGGCCUGCACCAUGAGAGCGGCGGCCUUCUACCAGCCUCUUCAGAUCAGUGACAUUCCCGGAACAGGCGAGGUCACCGUCACGCUGACGCAUUCCCUUUAAAGAAGAACAAAAGAA